AGUCUGCACCGUGCUGCCGUAUUUAACGUCUUUCUCCGCUUUAUUUAGACUCAACCUGAAAGCAGCAGAAGUACUUUAUAUUGGUUAUGGCAGCGCGUGCCAUUCAUAUACAUCUAGCUGUAGCAAUUACUCCAGUGUACAAUGAUAAAACCCACUACGUUAGCAUUAGCUACCUAGCUUAGCUACGUCGCCGAUGCUGCCGUUCCACAAGAUGGCCAGUAGUUUAUGUCUGGUUGAUUCAGAGAUGACCGACCACGUGAAGUUGUUUGUGGGGAACCUUCCUUUAGAUGCAACUCACGACGAGCUGAACAAGCUCUUCGCUCCGUAUGGGGAGAUCAACACCUGCUCCCUGCUCCGACAGUACGCCUUUGUGACUCUGAAGGGAGAAGGGGCAGCGGACAGGGCCAUACGGCAUCUUGAUGGCAAAGAGUACAGAGGCAGACCCCUGGUGGUAGAGGAAUCCCGUGCUCGCCCACCCAACUCCACAAAGGUGUUUGUAGGGAACCUCAGUGCAACAUGUUCCGCAGACGACUUGCACGGGCUGUUCUCAACAUUUGGAAGAGUUUUAGACUGUGAUAAAGUCAAAGCAAGAUUAUGCUCAAAUGUCGGCUAUGCCUUUGUGCAUAUGGAGAGGAAGGAGGAGGCCCUUGUAGCUAUCGAGGCACUUAACGGGACCAUGUUCAAGGGCCGUCAGUUGGCCGUAGAGCUGUCCAAAGCACAACCUUUGAUCAACCAGCUCGCCGGUGGAAAUGGAGGCAAUCAUGCUGGCGGCAGAGAAGGUCUUCUUCCCCGACCUCCUCCAUCAUUAGAACAUCACCAGAGUCAAGCAGCUGUGCUAGCAGCAGCUGCAGCGGCCGCUGCAGGACUACCCAUACAGGUUCAGCAAAGUGUCCAUAACUCAUUCUACAACACCACAUCCUUCGACCCCACUUAUGCAGCUCUGAAGGGCAUUACCAGUGCUAAAGGUGCAGAUGGGGUGAUUUACGGUGCUCUUGCCAGCCAGGUGUAUGGUGCCGUAGCUGACCAGGUGUACACCGAUAUGGCCAAUCACAAUACCAUAACAAGCGCUGCUGAUGAAUCGGACUCACAGAGUGGACCAGAUCCAACAACGCUUUUUGAGGCAGCAAGAGCCAAGUUCUUUCAGGAAGGACAGAAGGUUCUGGCAGAGCAGCAGGCGGGGAGAAAAGGAGCGUCUUCAGAAAACGAGCGGGACCGCAGUCCAAUUAGAGGAAAUCGAGCCCCACUCCUCCCUGACCCCGUUCCGGGUUCCUUCGCUCAGAUACGACCCAAACGACGUGCCCUGCUGCCGACGCCACCAGGUGUACCAGAGGAAAACACAGCUGCCACAACACCUGAAGGGUCAGAUCCUGUUGCUAGGUCUUACACAGAGUACUAUCAGCAAAUGCACCAAUACCAACAGUACCAGCAGCAAUACCAGCAACAGUACCAGUACCUCCAGUAUGCCUACACCAAUCCUCCUCCCCCACCUCCUCCGCCUCCGCCAGCCACACAGGCCGCCACCACAAAUCCUGCACCCCCAGGGACGUACACGGCACCCCCAUCAUAUGCCGCACCGGGAGCCUACGCGCCGCCCGGUACAUAUGGCGCUUCGGGGAACUACGACGCCUCGUCAGGAAGCUACGACGCCUCGGCUGGCUAUGACCCAUCUGGAGGCUACGGAGCAUAUGAUUCAUCAGGAGCUUACACAGCAGCGGGAGGCUACUCCGCAUCCACACCGUAUGAGCAGACACCCGCACACGGGCAACCCAUGCCCCAGCGCCAUGAUUACCCUUACCACACGCCAGAACCCCCUUAUCGAUAGUUCCAUCCCCAGCACACUCCUACCACACUGCAGAUGUGUGAGCGUGUGUUUGUGUGUGCUCGCGUGUGUGCAUGUGUAUUUACAUGAGGGACAGUUUAAAGAGGAAAAUCCGAGAGGGAGCAAGGUUGUAAUUCGAAUGUGCUUUAAAUAUGAAGCGCGCCACCCCUUUUGUACAUUUUACCCAAGUCUGUAACUUGCCAGCCCGUCGGUUAUCGUUGUUAAGAGGGUUGAUUAUAUGCGUUAACAAGUGGACAAAGGUGGAGAUGAGUGGGACAGUUAAUAUUUGAAUAUUUUCAAGCAUCAGUUUUUGUUUGAUGUUACUGAGGCACAGCUGAACGUUUCUUUGGUUAAGUUACAGAAAGGUUGGGUUCCAUUGAAGCUUUUUGUUUAGUGCUGGUUUAAGGCCUCUUACAUACUCUACUUAAAUUAAUUGUAUAAUGUGCAAAAUAAAAAUUGUAACUGCGUCAUCUAAAAAAAAAAAAAUUACGUUUAGAUGCUGAGUCGCAAAAAACUGUUCAUCUGUUUGAACAGAUGAGUGGAGCUAUGUCAAAAUCAGGAACUCAUCCAUCUUACACUUUUUGUUAACGGAUACAAAAUAUUUUCUUCCACUUGUUACAACUUUUCUUGCAGUAACAGACAUUCAGGUUUGUACAAGCUUGUACACCAUGAUAAUGACCAAUUUUAAAUUUAUAUUUGUGUCCACACACUCACUGCCCUGUGUAGAGAAUGUAACAGGCCUUGGUUUGAAUUCUGUCACAUUGACCUGUUUGUAAAAGCCAGACUGUUUGUCCAGACAUUAAACGGGAGACAUUUCAUCAUU